ACAAGAUUUUAUAUACUUAACAAUAAUACAUUAGCAGCAAAGGUUAUAAUCAUGUCACUAAGUAUCAAGUGGCAUGAACAACUACAAGGCUUUACUUCAUUACCAUUUCCUACUACUCCAACUUUCAAUACCAGGAAGAGAGUUCAAGUGAUAAGGGUAAUAACUAAAGAAGCAAAUUUGUGUGCUGCAAAGAAGGAACGAAUUAAGCUACCAAGUUUUGAUGAUGACAGAUUUCACAUAAGAGAGUUUCUAAGCCACCCAUCAGGAACUGAAGACAUGCUCAAUACUCGAGCUCUGCAAAGUUUUGAACCCCUUGGUACUGAUACUUACAGAUGCGCUUUGCCUAAGCUUAAACUUUUAAAUUUUGAAGCUUCCCCUGUGGUGGAUUUAAGAGUUAAGCCAACCAAUGAGGAUUGUAUGGUUGAGAUGCUCUCUUGCAUGUUUGAGGGUUCACAAGCCGUUGAACGACAAAACAGCCGUUUUUCAGCAAUAAUGACAAACCACAUGUCGUGGGGAACAGACGACUCUGAAUCGUUUCUGGAAGUUGAUGUGAACCUAAAGCUCACCCUUGAGAUCUAUACACACCCUUUUACCAUGAUGCCAGUAUCAGCUGUUGAGCGUCCGGGAAACUUAAUGAUACAAGCAUUACUGGAUAGGCUAGUACCACUGCUUUUGCAACAACUCCUACAAGAUUAUGAGGAAUGGGUUCAUAAGCAAUUAAAUGAUGAUCUUCCAUGAAAUGGUCCAUUUCUACAUUGUUAAGUGAGUACACGUCUAGCCUUCAAACAGUUGGUUUCUAUGUCUAAAACCGUUCGAAACGACUUCUAAUGGUACUGGUGAUUCUCUGCUUGGAGGC